AUGAACUUCUUCAAUCGUUCGAAGACGCGCACGCCGCAGGAGAGCGCACGCAUGCUGCGCGAGUAUAUUGUCCGGUUAGACGCCCCAGGCUCGGGAGAGUCGAAGCGGAAAGUAACUGAGGAGUGCUCGCGGUUGAUUGCAACGAUCAAGGCGUGCCUGCUAGGCGAGGGGGAUGUGGACGCCUCUCCCGAAAGCCAGACGGCCGUCACGAACGAGGUGUAUAACCAGGAUCUUUUGGCGCUCCUCGUCUCGCAUCUGCGGCAGCUCGAGUUUGAGGCACGCAAGGACGUGGGCCACAUUUAUAGUUCGCUGUUGCGACGCUCACUCGGGGGUCGUAUGCCGACUGUCGACCACAUCGCGCGCAAGCCCGCCAUCCUGUUCAACGCGCUGCAUGGAUACGCCGAUCCCGAGGUUGCACUGAACACAGGCAUGAUUUUGAAGGAGAUGUUGCGUUAUGAGCCACUUGCCAAGAUUCUUCUUUACUCUGACGAAUUCUAUUCGUUCCCAAAGUACAUUGAGGACACGACCUUUGGCAUCUCCUGUGACGCUUUUGCAAGCAUGAAGGACACCCUCACAAAGCAUAAACAGACGGUAGCAGCCUACCUGGACGCCAACUACGAUCGCUUUUUCAGCAUGUACAACACGCUCAUCAUGUCGACCAACUAUGUGACAAAGCGUCAGUCGCUCAAGCUGUUGGGCGAGAUCCUGCUCGACCGUGCCAAUUACAGUAUAAUGACGCGCUACAUUGCGUCUGAGGCCAAUCUCAAGCUGAUGAUGAAUUUCCUGCGGGACCGCAGCCGUAACAUUCAGUUUGAGGCUUUCCAUGUCUUCAAGGUGUUUGUUGCCAAUCCCAACAAGCCACCAGAGAUCGCGAGAAUCCUGAAGCGGAACAAGGAGCGAUUGCUCGUUUUCCUCCGCGAGUUCCACAACGACAAGGAUGACGACCAGUUCACCGACGAGAAGCAGUUCCUCAUCGCGCAAAUCGAGCGGUUGCAAUGA